AUGGUCUCCCAAGCCCAAGUCGCCGAUCGCGCCGCAACCAUCCAGAGCGCCUCGUCCAUCGUGUCGCGUCCUUCCCACCGGCGACACCGGUCCGGCCGUUCGCACCACGGGGGCUCGUCGCACUCGUCGUCCAACGACUUCCCCGUCUUCACGUAUACCGGCGACACCGAGAUCGUCGUCCGCGUCGGCUCUCAGGAGAAGCGAUAUCUGCUCCACCGGCUCAUACUCGCGCAAUGCUCGGGCUUCUUCGAGGCAAGCACCAACGAGGACUGGUCGCGACAAGCGGCCACCUCCAAACUAGAGGGGUCGCCGUCUCGCGUCAGCGAGGAUGACUCGCUAUCCAACGGGUCGACCCUGGCGCAGUCGGAUCACGGCACCCUCCCCUUGCGUCCGGGGGAGAAGAGACGAUGGCGAUAUGAACUAGAUUGGGAGAAUCGCACGGAGGAUGAAGAACCCAUACUCGUGCAAAAGCCACCGACCUAUACUUCGUGUUUUGGCAGCGACCCCGGCGCGUUUCCUCCCGCGAUGACCAAACCAUCCAACGCCCAGGCAGGCUUCUUUCGAUCCAUGGCGAACCUAACGGGCAUGCAAUCGGUAGUGAACUUGCCGCAGAUGGCGGCCACAGACCAUAACAACUUGGACCCUUUGCUUAGGGACUACGAGAACAUGCUACGCAUCUUCUACAACCACCCUCCCCUCCUAAACAGCGUCAAUAUUGCCUCCGCCUACACCGAGUGCAGGUCUCUCUUAGCCCUGGCCGACAUGUACGACGCGCUACCGGUGACGGGCCCGCGCGUGGACCACCACCUCCUCGGCUUCGGGUCCCGCCUCUUCAAACAGAUCGCAAAGUACCCGCCCAGCUACCUCAAGCUUGGGUAUUUAGCACGCAGCAGGGUUAUCUUCUCCGAAGCUCUGAUCCACGUUGUUGGGCAGUGGCCCGCUGCUUUGCCGAACCUGCGCAACGGCUCCUAUGCGCCCCUGCCGGAUGCCGUGCUCGAUCUGAUUGAGGAUAAGGUCGAGGACCUGGAGGAUCUCAAGGCGCGAAUAGAGUCCAGACUCUUCCGACUAUCCCUCACCACCUCGCGUGGCGAACGUGUCGGCCCGAAUAACGCGUACUUGGACUGGCUUGCCGUCUCUUUAUUCCGCCAGUGGCUCAUUGAGAAUACGACGCCGCCACCUACUUCUAUCCUCAAAAACUCGGGAGGCAGUGGCUCCUCACAACCGAACAAUACGGCCUCGUCAAGACCAUCGACCCCACCUGAUCAGACAGCACGGGUGUAUAGACUGAUAGGAUCGUCAUCAACACAGGCCUACCUCCCUCACGACGAGGUGAAGCGCUUUCUCAAGCUCCACCCCACACCUUCCGCGGACUCCCUGUACACCCGGGAAACCCUCAAACGCUUCGAGCGCAAGACGGACGAGCUCAAACGCCUGGCGCGGGAUAUCGUCAAGCCGCUAACGCGCAACUUCCUUGAACUCGAGCUGAAAGCCAGUGCCGAACCAGCGGCCGGUCCCGCUGGUGCGCGCGACGGAACUCCCGUGGGGAGAUUGCCCUAUUUGACUUGCACGCGGGUCGAAGAGGCGGAUCUUCCCUGGAAAUAA